CCCCGCGGACGUCACCUCGCACGGCCCCUCCCUCCGCCCUGUGACACCGCUGCCGGCCCCGAGCAGGCCCCGGGGGGAGCGCCGCGGCCCCGCGCACGCCGAAGUCUCUUUCCCCGGCAUUCGACCCUGUGUACCAAAGAAAUGGUGAUGGAGAAGCCCAGUCCCCUGCUUGUAGGGCGGGAGUUCGUCAGACAGUACUACACUCUGCUCAAUAAAGCUCCUGACUUCCUGCACAGGUUUUAUGGCAGGAAUUCUUCUUAUGUCCAUGGAGGACUGGAUGCUAGUGGGAAGCCACAAGAAGCAGUGUAUGGCCAAGCUGAGAUACACAAGAAGGUGAUGUCACUGCAGUUCAGUGAGUGCCACACUAAGAUUCGCCACGUGGAUGCUCAUGCCACUCUGAGUGAUGGGGUGGUGGUGCAAGUCAUGGGGGAGCUGUCUAACAAUGGGCAGCCUAUGAGGAAAUUCAUGCAGACCUUUGUACUUGCUCCAGAGGGGUCUGUUCCAAACAAGUUCUAUGUACAUAAUGAUAUCUUCAGAUAUGAAGAUGAAGUAUUUGGGGAUUCUGAAGGAGAACUUGAUGAAGAGUCUGAAGAGGAGGUGGAGGAAGAACAGGAGGAAAGACAACCAUCACCUGAACCUGUGCAAGAAAAUGCAAGCAGUACCUACUAUGAGAAUCAUCCUGUCACCAAUGGUAUAGAGGAGGCACUGGAAGAAUCUUCUCAUGAGCCUGAGCCAGAAUUGGAAUCGGAAACAAAACCUGAGGAGCUGAAGACUGAGGUAGAAGAAAAGGCUCUUGAGGAGCUGGAAGAAAAAUCUCCUUCCCCACCUCCCGUAGAACCUGUUUCGCUACCCCAAGAACCACCAAAGGCUUUCUCUUGGGCUUCAGUGACCAGUAAAAACCUGCCUCCUAGUGGUACUGUUUCCUCCUCUGGAAUUCCGCCCCAUGUUAAAGCACCGGUCUCACAGCCAAGAGUUGAAACAAAACCCGAAGCUCAAUCUCAACCUCCUCGCGUGCGUGAGCAGCGCCCAAGGGAACGACCAGGAUUUCCACCCCGUGGACCUCGACCAGGGAGAGGGGAUGUGGAGCAAAAUGAGUCGGACAAUCGCCGAAUAAUCCGCUACCCGGACAGCCAUCAGCUGUUUGUUGGGAACCUGCCGCAUGACAUCGACGAGAGUGAACUGAAAGAGUUCUUCAUGAGCUUUGGAAAUGUGGUUGAACUCCGCAUCAACACAAAAGGAGUUGGAGGAAAACUGCCCAAUUUCGGAUUUGUGGUAUUUGAUGAUUCUGAGCCAGUCCAGAGAAUUUUGGUUGCAAAACCCAUUAUGUUCCGGGGUGAGGUGCGCUUGAACGUAGAAGAGAAAAAAACAAGAGCUGCUCGUGAGAGAGAGACCCGAGGCGGAGGUGAUGACCGUAGGGAUAUUCGGCGCAAUGAUAGAGGCCCCGGGGGUCCCCGUGGAAUAGUGGGUGGUGGCAUGAUGCGCGACCGUGACGGCCGAGGACCCCCUCCAAGAGGUGGCAUGGCGCAGAAGCUCGGCUCUGGACGUGGCAGUGGGCAGAUGGAAGGGCGCUUCACGGGACAGCGUCGCUGAACUCCACCGCGGGCAGACGGUCCUGGCAGUGGUACAUCAUCCAUCGUGUUUGCAUUCUUGUUCAUUUCUUUUGGCUUUGGAAUGUGACACCGCCCUU